UACAAAGGUCUCAUUUUUUGAACAAAUUUUAUUAAUUUAGUUAUUUUAUUAUAACUGAAACACUUUAUGGACUUUUAUUGAAAGCUAGAAACAGAAAAUGUAUUAUAAUUAUCCUAGAUAUUAAUUAUGAAGCAGAGGGACCAAUCGAAUAGUAUCGUAUUUCCCAGUGCAAAUUGUUUUUAUCAUUAGGUUGUAAAAUGAACACAUUAUGUCUUAUUUGAGUGCUUCAGAAAAUGUGGGUUUCAGUGGUAUUACCCAAAAUAUAUCAGAUGCGAGUUGUGCUACACAGUAUAAAAUGGCAGUUGAGAGUGUGUCAGGGGGCUGCAGUGGUGAAGUAAAUAUGUUUAUACAUGAUAGUUCAGAAGAUGAACAAUAUAUACCUCACCUAAGUGAAAGCUUCUUUCAUACUAAAUUUAAAAUAGAUCCUAAUGAACUAUACACAUUUCACGAUUCCGAUGUUGUUGCCGGAGAAAUAACAGUAAGCCAUACAGAUGACAAUUUAAUAUUUCCUGACAGCACUGAUACUAAAAUAAAGUUAUCUGAAAAUUUAAAUAAGGAUAUAGACAUAUUAGCCUCCCUAAGCAAUGGUGAUAUAAAAACAGAAAAAAAAAAUGUAGUUUCUAAUGGUCAUUAUUCACCAGUUUUUAAUAAUGCUUCGAUUAACCAUACAGACUCAAAAGCUAUACAUGCCAAAGUUCAAAAAGCAAAGACUCAAGUUAACACUCUGCCUAAGGUAGCAGAAAUUCGGAGACCAAGCAUUCCUAGCCCCAAAGGUCAACAGAGUUCUGGUUUAGUAUCUAAUUGUCCAAAAGUCAGUAAUACAAGCACCAAUAAUGAAAAACCUUCAUCAGCAACAAAAUUGAAUGCUGAAACAUUCUUAGAUGUUUUUAAGAGAGAACAAGGGCUUACAGAAAAUUCUUUAAUAUUUAACUCUGUUAAAACUGAACCAACUAUAAUACCUAUGAAAACUCCAGCACCUACACCUAAAAAACCUCCAACAGUUAAAGCUUCUCAAUCCAAACCUCGGAAAGGUCGAGGUCCAACUGUCCAUGAAGCCUUACAACGGAUACCACAACAACGUAGAGUUUUGGCUUUACCCAACUCAACAUGGCAUGCUCCAGGAGAAGAGAUGUUCCAAUGUGGUCCUCUAGAUGAUAAAAAACCGAAUGCCUUCAGACAACUAGAGAGUAGCAGUAGCGAUGAUGAUUACAUGCCAGAAUUUGAAUCAGGUUCUGGGCCGGUGUGUGUUGAAGAGAGUGCGGCUGAGACUCGCGGCGCGCGACUAGCACUGCGUCGCGCUGCCAUGAGAAGACACGUAGCCAGAGCCGCUACUACACUGCAGUUGAACAAAGGCCACAAGGAACAUAAAGCUUUAGCAACUUUAAUCAAGAAACAAAUCAAUGGUAAAAAUUCAUCAUGUCGUCUUCCACCACAAACUGUUAAUCAUUUGCUUGCGAUGCGCGGAAUGACUUCUGUCUUUACGUUACAAGAUCGAAAACACCUCAGAGGGGGUGGUUGGUCUGGCGGUGAGAGUUUUCGUUCUGAAGCGAGUAUAUGUUCAGAUGACAAAUGCAUGCAGUCUCCACUGCCUUGCGGACGCUAUUGUCUAUCACAUGUGACUCUAGCGCCCGAGCAGCGGCUGUACGCAGCGUGUGCUGCCGUAUUCGCGGGCGGGGAGCGCUGCAAACAACCGCUGCUUCCGCUACAGGAACAGACGCCACUUUGUACUGAGCAUGCAUGGAAACGGGACAACUACGAGCUGCUCAGCCGGGAGAGCAAACCGGCCAAGGCGCCCCGCAAGCGGCCGUGGGUCCCCCCGCGCCCCCCGCGCUCCCCGCGCCCGCCGCGCGCGCCCCGCCCGCGCCGCCCCAAGCGACGCCGCCGGCUCGUGCCCAAGAGACCGACGCAGGCGCACUCCUUAUCCGAAAUCAACGUAUGUUCCAACUCUUCCGCCUACGAUAGUUCAGAGGAUACAGCGAUUGGGGGUUUAAGUGAGAACGAAUAUAUGACUGCGAGUAAUUCUCAUGAUCUGGAAGUGGGGCAUGUGCCUCCGGACGACAUUUUGGAUCCAUCGGUACUGAGUCAGAUACCGGAUGAAGCAUUUACGGAGUUUUUUAAUCAAGCGGAAAGCGGCGCUCCGUUCGGCGAGAGCUCGGAGCUGGCGGCGGCGCUGGAGGCCGUGCUGGACGAGCGCGGCCUGGACGAGCGCGCGCUCGACAUCGCCGACGUGUUCGACGUGCAGCACAAGCACAAGAUGCAGAUACCGACAGCAGUCGGCAUGGGAAUGUCAUCGAAUGCGCCUUCAUAACAUUUUAUUGUAAACGUUUUAUGCUAAGCUAAAAUAAUUCUUAUGUACUAUGUAUUUAAGAACAAAUUCGUUAUCCGUAGUCUCAAGAAGUUUUCUUCGUGCUUUAAGUUGGUGUGUGUGCAUGUGUAGUGAAGUUGUACUGUAGGCAUUGAAAAGUCGGAAAAACGAUUUGAUUGUAACGAUAAGGGAGUUCCGAUAAAUCUUUUGUAAAUUAAUUUGAAAUUUGUAAAUUAAUUUUUAUAUUAUUCGAUGGCUUUUUCGUCUUAAUUAGCAUAGUAGUCGUUUUAAUCACAAAAUUUCGAAUUGGCAUUUAAGAAAUUACCUAAAUUAGGGUGAAUUUAUCAGUAUUAAUAUUUUAAAUUUUAUAAAUACAUUAGUUAGUUUAGAAAUGGCGAAUUCAUUGUACUUAAAGAUAUUAAUUGUACUAUUGAAAGCUAUACGGUUUUUUUUUUUAAUUUUUAAUCUAUAAUUUAAAAUUCUUAUGAACGAUCUAAAAUUAUUAGUAAAAAAAUAUACUUUAUAGGAAUAUUUUUUAAGAUUUCUUUCAUUAGUUAUAUUUGUCGGUUCUCACUUAUUGUGGGUAGAUUAGAAAAAAAUAGGGAGUAGGUUCAAUUGUGUAUUGAACUCUAGUGCCCUUUGUGUGUUCUCUUUCUUCAGAACGGAGUGAGAUAGAACUAGAAAAGUAAUAUCUUAGAGGUUUGAAUUGGUAGUGUGUCGUAUCGUUUUUCUGUGAAUGGUGUAUAUUGAAAUGUCGAAUAGUUCAUUGAAUGGAAUCCAGAGUAUGUCAUUAAUUAUUCCAGGUAUCAAAGAAAUAACUAACAUUAACGCUAUCAAAUAUUAUUUAUAUUUUUGUAAUUUCAUUUAUUAGUAUGAAUGCAGUUUAGGUAUUAUAUAUUAGGUUAUGAAGCGAAUAUUGUAUUUGUGUAUGUGGUUAUUUGCUACAGCCUUGAAUGUUUGAUUUAACGAUAUUUACAUUUGAAGAUAUAUCUCGAUAAUGUACGAAAUAUAACUGGUGAAAAAGUAACACUAGGGACAUUGUUUUUCUUUUAGUAUUCUGGUUUCGAAUAUAUUCGAUUUGAUAUAACUUACAAUAAUAGUACUAAAUACCAAUAUAAAAAAAAAAAAAAACAAAAACUUUUUCGUCUAUGGUAAUGUGUACAUAUUUAAAUAUAUUUUAUUUUAAUCUUAAUAUGAUUAUUAUAAUGUAUUUUUUUUUUCUAAUUUUGAGAAUGUUUAAGGCUGUGGCAAAACGUUUAGUAUGAGAUUUAUAUUUUGUUAAAAUCUCAUUUUAGUUAAAUCCAUUAUUAUUUAUGAACCACCCUUUCAUAUUGUAUAAUAUUUCGUAGACAUAUUACAAAUACUAUAAAUAGAAUUUAAACAGAACCAAAUGAAGAAAAAAAAAACGUAUUUUUGUAAAAAUGUUUAUGUUCCUAUAAUAUGAUAACUUUUGUGAUUCGUGUCGACCGAAGUGAGUCCGGUAUGCUUUGGUAGUAUUAAAAAUUUAAUUGGUAUUUUAUAAUUUUGUAUAAUGAAUAUAGGAAGUACAUAUUGGUACAUUCAUCAUUCUAGUUUAAACAUGACCUGGUAUACACACGUAUAAAUAAUAUUCAUACAUAAUUUAAAUGAGAUGGGAGGUUUAAGUGCCAGAAUUAUAUCUAUAGAAAGAAAUGUGGGGUGAACAAUAAAUAUUUUUAUAUCGAAGACACAUUUUAGCCAAUUUUAUAAUCUGGCAACACGAACCACUGCUGUCUAAAAAUUUGACGAUUUUUUUUUUUUUAAAUUGUUAUAAAUCAAUUCAAGUCUGUAAAAGAGUAUCAAUACCGUGACGUCGAUAUAAUAUAGCUUUUAAGUAUAACAGUUAAUGAUUAGUGCAGGUAACAAUACAAUUUUAUAAAUUCGUAAUGUUGAUAUUUGUUUUACUUUUUUUUUCAAUUAACUAAUAAAAAAAUCUUCAUAACAGGAAAUAAGAUUAACGUAUUCUAUAUUUGAAUAAAUAAUUUGCUUUAAAAAAAAUUAACCGAUCAUAGACAAUAAUUAUGUGUAAAUUGUAUUGGAAUCUGUACAAUGUAUAGUGACGCACGACCGCCCCCAUCCGCCUCAUUAAUCGUUGCAUAGACUUAUAGGAGACACUUAAAUCUCCAUUCCAGUACCUGUAUUCGUUUUAUAACAAUAUACAAGUAACAAUAGAUAAUAGACAUUUGUAUGUUAGUAUGUAUUUUUUACUUGCUAGUUAUUUAUUUGUUUGUACUACUUUAGAUCAAUUCGAACUGACUGCGUUUUGGGAGAUUAACAUUAAAAAUAGUAUAAGUAAACAUUAUUGCACCUUUAGCUUAAGUUUAUGUAGGAAAUGGUCAGGUUAUGCAAUGAGAGCGAUCGAAUUUCAAAUUUUCGGUUUAAUUUUGUAUCUUUUUUUUAAUAUAACUUUUUUUUAAGCAAUGGCAAUGACCGCGUUACAAAGAUCAAUAAAGCAAUAAUUAAAAUUAUUACUAGUAAUGUUGAAUAUAUGUUUAUCUACAUUUUGUAUGUUUCAUAUACAAAUUGAAAAUGAUAGUGAAAUCGCUUAUGGAAUUGUAUUAAAUGGUGGAUAGUUUGAAACGAAAAAAAAGUUUAAAUAAAUGCUUGCGAGUUAUAAAUCCUAACAACUUGAAAUAAUUAUACUUGCAUUCUUAUUUUCCGCUACAAUGAAUGUAGCAUGACGUUAAAAUAUCGUAAACUUGUUUGCUCAUAUCUUAUGAAUAAUAAUCUGACGUUUUGAACAACCCCCUAUUAUUUCGUAGUAGGGAUAAUUAUUUUAAAAUUGACUUCACGACAAUGAACCUUUCUUCUAUGAUUGUAUGGUUAGCGUGAAUCGAAUCUUGUUAUUCGCCCGUUUAUAAGUGUUUUGUUUACGUCUUACUAAUGAAUACAGCUUAAGCUGUAAACAACCGUAAAAAUACUGAGAAGGGGUUUCUGUUGAUUCAAACCUUCUUUCGACUCCAGUUAAAGUUCAUAAAAAAAGACACAUCAACGAUAAUCUACAUAAAAGUCUGAUAACAAUGAGUAAAUUCCGAUUGAAUCGUAAGUCACAUUAUAACGAGCAAUACAUUUAUAUAAUUAAAACAUUAAUUUUUCGUGAGAAACUUUUUUUCUCUAACUUUACAUAUAGAAACAUUCACUCAAACGUUACAUAUAGAAACGUUUUCAAAUUAGAUCCAUUAAUGACUCGUCGCAUCCGCUGCGAAAUUUGAUUUUGUUUUUGCUUGGUUGAUAUGGGGAACUGGUUUCUAUCUGUAUAUAGAUACUCGUCUAUGUAUGUGUCGGUGUUUUAGGAAUGGUAAUUGUGCUAAUUAUUAGAACAAACGGAUUUCACAUUUCAGUAUUUAUCCUGUAAACUCUGAGACACAUAUUUAGCCUCGCUUAUAUACAAAAUCAAAUAUAGAUUAUUGAUAAGUAAAGACAUUUUUUAAUUAAGAUAUUUACACGAUGAAUAUUGAAAAGUAACCGUGUGGUUUUGCAAUAAUUAUAUGUGGAUAUAAUAAAAAAAACUGCUACCUCUAAGAAUGCCUGAUAUUUGUUGACGGUCUGUUGUCCGAUGCGUGUAACGUGAUGUUGAAAUUUGAAAUAAACAUAAAAUAAGAUUCAAAUUA